AUGUUGGUGGCAUAGUUUAUAGGGCAUCAUGGGAACUUAAUAUUUUGUCAUAUUGGGCGAAGAUGAACCAAUAGGUGUUUUAUUAUAUUGAACAAAACAAUUCUAACAUUUUAUAACAAAAAUUGUCGGCUUUGUAAGCGAUAAUACGGAAGUUCAGAUUUCCACUACCGCUAUCAUUAAGGGACCAUCGACAGAUCAGAUGCUUUUGAUAUAAUCGAUCAACCAAUCAGAUACCUACUAAGCCCGUGUCCCUAUAUUGAGGCUGAAUCGUUAUUGGUCAAUUGCGCAUGAGCUUAUAAUUAAUUAGUUAUAACACUGUACCUAUAGGCAGAACAGUUUAAAAUUAAUAGGACUAUCCAAUAUAAAGAUUUUUUUCUCACAAAACAAUUAAUUCCUGCAUGUCUUUUGUGUGACUUUGGCACGGUUGUUUACAGGAUUUUAUGUUUCUAUUCCGGGGGACAAAAUGACCCAAAAAUCUUCACCAAGGAUGGAAGUGUUCAUAUUCGUUCAGGAAACAAUGGGAAUAUCGUGUUUGAACAUACCAGUCCUGGGGGGAAAGUUAUUGUCGCCGGACAGGAACUGGUAAUUUUUAAUUGAAAAUUGUAGUGUUGAAACCAAGUAAACUGCUAUUUUGAUUUAAAUUGUUAUUGAUUUAUUUUUGCAACGUUUCGGGAAUUUUUACUUCCCGUCGUCAGGCUUUUAUUAAUCUUGUUGUUUUACAAUACUACAGUCUACAAUGGCCGAAACUUUGCAAAAAUAAAGAAUUUUUACUUAUAUUAGCUAAUAGCAUGAUAUGAGGGAAAUUAGUGAUUAAAUGCCACGAUGCCCGAGGGAGGUUUGUGAAUGAAAAUGUUCGCCGCCUGGUUCAGGCGUGGUUCACUGCUGAAGCACGGGUAUUGACAAUUUAAAUUUCAUUUUAAUCAGUUGAAAUGCACUUGCCGAAACCGUUUGGAAAGCAGCCUGGACAAGUUCAGCAACCUAUAUCUUGGGCUGAAAAUUAAUUAUAUCAAAUAAUUAAAAAAUAAUUAUUCAAUAACUAGAAAUACAUGCAUGCAGUAACCCCUCGCCAAUAUUUCCAUACACUAAACAUGAAGUAUUCAGAAAUGACCAGCACUGAACGCAGGCUCGCGCUCAAGUGUUGCCAUGACAACACGAUAUUCUUAAAUUUUUAUUUUCAUAUAAUUAUUUUGUACAAAACUGCAAAAUAGUUGAAAGAUUCGUACUCUUAACUAUACAACAAUAAAUUUCCGAAAUACAUACUGUAGGUAUAUUAUUUUGCAUUUUGUGAGCUUUGAUUUAAUGUAAAAUUGAACUUGAAACGCUCGUAAAAUGUUUUGAAAUGUUCAUUCAAGUAAACCUACAUUUUGCCGAUAAACUAUUUUUACUUAACAAAACUGAUGUUAAGUUUAAUACAAAUAAAAUAAAAUUGUUAGGUAAUUUCAGUUCAGUCUUCAAAUCAAUUUGUUCGCCUUUACAUGUUAAGAUUUUUUCUCAAAUUAAACUGUAAUUUAUGAAACUUAGAGCUUCUAUAGUUCAUGUUUUUUAUUACGUAAAAGUUAAAGCAACAAAAUUCGUAAACAUUUAAAAAAUAUUCAAAGCAAACUUGCCGUAUAUUUCCCGAUUUCCCGUAGUAAACCAAUUCUUCUCAUUCCUUCAAACAAAAUUGCUUCAAGCUUGUUGUAUAUGAAACGAUUUUCCAAAUAUAUGUCUUUUAAAAUUAAAAUCUUGCUUGCCAUAUUUUUGAGAUAAGGAUGACCACCCACUCAAGAUCGCCCUUCGUUGGUCAGCGCCCGCGAUGAUUGAUGAACUUUAGACUUCGCUAAUGCUUUCGUUUCCCCGGGUGUAAAUAGCCGGGGGGGAUUAGUACCCUCGAACGGCGCUUUGCGCCGUCGGCUCGGGGAUUAUGAAUUAUCGUGCAGCCGUGUACCAAACUCCGCCGGACUCGUUUAACAACAUGGCUUCCUGUAUAAUAUGUAAAGGGAAACAAAAUAAGAAUUUAUAUUCAAUCUAAUGCAUUAUGGCUGUAAAGCAUGGCAGUUCGCAACGCUAUUCUUCUCGGGGUUAUAACAGUACCAGUGACCAUCAAGAUAAUAUGCAGCAAUUUUCUUCUUGUUUUGUUUCUCAAAAGCAAUUUUGUUAUAAAAACUGAUUAUUAUUAUAAAUGAGUUGAAACAUUCUUUGAACAUACCUACUGAAUAUUUUAUGUUUUGACUUUUUGCUUUGGCUUCCACAACAAUAUUUAAAGACGAUUUCUGUAUACAUUCUGACAGUCCAGACAUUAGUUUUUCGUAAAAAAACACCCAUUGGGAUGGGUGUUUUAAAACGUUUACCACCUUUACAAACUUUUUUUCCAUGUUGUAUCGCACUCCACGCCACCGCGCGAAAUUCCCAGCCGCGCGAGUCUGGAGCGAGUCAAAAUGCCCUUUGAAAUCCACCAUUAUGUGGAGACAAGAUUUUGGCUGAGAAAAGAUAGGAGUAGCAUUCUAUAUCUGUUAUUUCUAUUUCAUGAAAUACACGCAAUUUCGCUAAUAGGCUAGACGUCUCAGAAUGACUACUAAAAAUCUCGAAAACAAGAAGAAUACAAUGGUUCUUGAAUUAAUGGAAUCUAUUAUCUAAAUGGAAUAAACGAACUCUUUAAAUAUUGUUGAUUUAUUUCCAUCUUAAAAAAUAUUUGAUUUUAUUUCGUAUUGUGUUUGCAACAUGUAGGCAGUGAGCUUUUCUUUCAAUUUAAAUGCACUUGCCGAAACCGUUCUUAAGGAAGCCUGGGACAGGUUCAGCAAACCUAAACAUUGGCAAAAAUCUAUUUCAUUAAUUAAUUUUUGUCCGCCAUACAGAAUGUCAUAAACUCGACUGGUCCUAAAGGUGAAAAAGGCGAGAGAGGACUUCCUGGAACUAAUGAAAGUUUGGGGAUAAAAGGACAGAUUGGAGAUAAAGGAGAACCUGGACCAAAGGGUAAAGUAAGUACAAAAUUAAUUCUACCUUAAUAGGCAAAAUAUUUAAAUUCUCGAAGUCCCACUGUUUCAGCAUUGCAUAAUCUUGAUCACCAAUGCUUAAACUGUACGAAAAUUGGCACUCGCAGCUUGUAACAAGUUUUAAAAAUGCCAUCAGAAUGUAAUUUUCAGAAAGUUGGCAGGUCGUUUAAUUACAAUAAAUCUAUUAUUGUUUUCCGAAAGGAGACCAAGGUCCUGCGGGAACUAAUGGAACAAUAGCAACAUUUGGAGUAAAAGGGGAUCGAGGACCAGUUGGACCUGCCGGUCAAAAUGGGUCUGAUGGUGCUCCUGGUCAGAAAGGGGACCGAGGUAAUCCUGGACCAGCAGGGCAGGCGAGUAAAACUGGAUCUCCUUGACCCAUAGGGUUGCCAGGGUUAAAUGGAACGCAGCGGAUACCUGGAGGGAAAGGAGAGAAAGGGGAUGUGGAAUAUACAUCGUUUUUUAGAGGAAAUGAGUCUAUACAAUGAGUAUGUUAUUCUGUUCAAGUGCUAUCUCUGAAUAAUGACAGAAGAAGUGAAGAUUAACUUGAAUUCAAUUCCUCAAUCCGAAACUACAUCCAUCAUUACAAACCAGAGUAAUGUUAUAUUUUUAUCAUGUUUUAAAUAUACACAUGAUUACACUGCACUUUGGUGGGAUUGCGUAAUUGCAUGCGGUGCCCCCAAAAAGUUAAGCAUUGCUUAUAUUAUGUGCGUGAGUAUGUUAGUCUGUUAGUUUGUUCAAAAACAAACGCAAAUUUAUGCCCAUUUUUUAUUUAAAAUAGUAUGUAUUCGCGUUUGGGGUGCACUUGUUCAAGCCGCCAACGUGUUGUUUUGCGCAUGAUCCAGAGCACCGGAAUGUGUAGUACUAUAUCUGGUUUCAUUAUUAGUCACCUAGUUUUUCGUGAUGAGUAACGUUGUGGUUAUAUUAUGGUGAUCACAUAAAUAACAUUUUGACACAAUCACGAUUUUGACCAAUGCAAUUUCUUGAAAAUCAAAUCAAACUGUUCAAUGGAACAAAACGUAUAAUUCAGAAAUGCGCGACUGGGAGUGGAAUGGAAUGCUUUCCAUCGCACUCUUAGUAAAAUAGGGAUUAAUUCAAUGGGGAUUAAAGGUGUUGUAUAAUAUAUAGUAUAUUACUAUAUACUAUGCUAAUAUUACAAACGAGCAUUAUAUAUACUAACACUAUAGCAGUUGUUGGCAACGUUAUAUUAAGGAUGGUAAUGUUAAUGAUGUACAGGUGAUGGUGGUGGUAAUGAUAGUUGCUGCAGUUUUCACAUAUAAAACAUUGUUGUACCUUCAAAAGAAACGUUUCUUUAAAUUUCUUCUUAACUUACAGAUGUAACGGCUCAGAUUUUGGUAUUCUGAGAUAUUACUCAACAAAACUUCAACUAUGUACGCCUCAUGGUUGGCAGUAUCUUUUGUUUGAGCCGCCUGCUGGAUGUAGUAGUUAUCCUGAUGUGGUUAAUAUUCCCGAGGCAAACUACCAAGCCUUUCGUAAUGCAGACCUGGGCAUAAUGUUUGAGUUUAACAGAAAGUUUGUUCCAAGCGUGAAAUCUCGAGCGAAUCUCAAUAUUACUGCAGGUAAUAAUCUAAACACUUAUUUAUUGUAACCAGAGGAGGAAUGAGGCUCUUCCCGAAAUCCCUCAAUGUAGCUUAAUGGAACGGCGCGUUGAGAAUAAAUAUUUUGAAUAAUAAUGAGCCGCAUUGGGGCGGGCGUUGCAUGUCCCUCCUCUGAAGACCCUCAUUCCUCCUCUGUAUUGUAACUAAUAGGCCAUUCGCUGUGACCUGGAAAAGUGCAUAGAAAACGAUUUUCAUUAAGCAUGUCUUGGAACUGAAAUAUUUUUAUGGGAACUAACACUUUCGAACACGCUGAGUUCAAAUCCGAAAACUUACCGCACCGUAGACCUGCAGUUUUCUCACAAACUGCUAUUUUAUCUUCGCUAAUUUCAAAACAAUUUUUUUCAUUGUUCAACGACACGGAUGGAUGAAGACAUACGAUUGCAUAACUCAAAAUGACUAAUUCCUAUGAACCAGUCUCUACAUUGAACAAAGGACCGAUUUUGCUCGAAUUAUUUUGAGUUAUGUCAUUUUAAGCGUGUUGGACGUAAACAACAUAUCUUGUCUACAACUUUGGGAAAGUACCGAUAUCACUUUGUAAAUUAAAUCCUCAGUUCUGACUGUAUCUCUAUAAAAUCACAAGGACGUCAAUAUUAAGUCGUUGGGCUAUAUCUCUGGGAUGAGAAAUAAUUCCUUACAUGCGAUCAAAAUGUUUUAUACAACGAUAUAAAACGGGAAUCUUAUGGAAUGGGUCAGCAUUUCCAAUUCCAACACAGUUUCUGAGAUGUAAUUCAAGAGGUAACUUACCAUUGCAUUUGAACUAUUAUAUCAGUUGGUGUUAUUCUGUGCGAUAAGCGAAUAUUGUUGGAAAGAAGGCUGCCAUAUACGUUAAAAUCACCAAAUAAACAGCUUAUGCACACAUUUCUCCACUUCGUCGUAAGUUUACAGAGCAGAUUUUAUACCUUGGCAUUGGUCUUUGUCUUUGGUAGGAACAUUUAUUACCCUAGUUUAAGGUUAUUUAAGAUUCAUCCUGUCGUAAGUCUUCCACUAUAGCAACCAAUCGACAAUAUUUCACUUUAGCGUUGUCUUUACCGUUACGUUGGCUUCGCAUUACUUUUGUUUUAAAUGCCUUGAUCGCGUUAAAUUAGUUAUUUUUCAGGCCAGUGAUAUAGCCAAAAGAUUUAGCAUUAACGUCCUUGUGAUUUUACAGAGAUAUCGCUAGAACUGAGGAUUUUAGAAGGCGUUAUCUGUACCUUCUCAAAGUUGCAGACAAGAUAUGUUGUUUACGUGCAACACGCAUAAGAUUAUAUAACUCAACAUAGUUCGGGCAAAACCGGUCUUCUGUUAAAAGGAAGACUGGUUAAUAGAAUUGGUCGUUUUGAGUGAUAUAAUCGUGUGGCGUCAUCGAUCCGUGUCGUUGAACAAUGAAAAAAAUUGUUGUGAAAUUAGCGAAGAUAAAAUAGCAUUUUGUGAGAAAACUGCGGGUUUACGGCGCGGGAAGUUUUCGGAUUGGAACUCAGCGUGCUUGAAAGUGUUAGUUCCCGUAAAAAUAUUUCACUUCCAAGACAUGCUUAAUGAAAGUGAACGAUAUCAGGACGCAGCAAACGGUCUAUAAGGCCGUCCUUUAUUCUUCCAUUGUUGGGCCAUUCCAUUUAAUAUAGGCACGACCCCUAUUGACUAGUCCCUUGAUGAUCCCCUGAGUAUAUAAAAAAUUGGAACUCUCUUUGAUGCAUUUAUAGAAUUCACCCCAUAGGAUGAUUUACUAACCCUCUUUAGGAUAUCCCUUGAAUAUCACUAAAAUUCCAUGAGCUACCUCAGUCCUAGGAAAAUUUUGGGAGAUACUGUACACCCCUCAUUCCCCCAUUGGAAAUUUAGAUCGAUCUAUAGCGGGUAAACAUGUCAAAUGGAAAAAAUCUAAAGUGUUUGGUAGUGUAAGAGCACAGUAAAACACGAGCAAUGGAACGGCAAUGAUGCCACUGAAAAUGUAAUAAUUUAAUGCAAGCCAUAAAGCUUAGCAAAAAAAUGUAGCCCGCGUUUUAAAUUGCGGUGCUAAAACGAAGUUAGACAUCGCUUUGCCGUUCCGUACGUGAGCUUUUUAGUCUGCCAGUUUGGUUGUCUGUUAGCUUGGUGGUCUGUUAGCUUGGUAGUCUGUUAGCUUGGUAGUCUGUUAGUUUGUUAGUCUGUUAGCUUGGUAGUCUGUUAGCUUGGUAAUCUGUUAGUUUGUUAGUUUUUGUGCUUGUGGGGUUCUUGCUUAACCCACCGUGCUGUUUUUCGCAUGCUCUAGGGCGCCGCACUGUAUUAUGUCCGGUUUGGCAAAUAUUUUCUUCGUUUAAUUAAGAAAAGUUUUUCUCCCAUCAUAUUCUUGUGACGAAUGUUUAACGAACAAGACAAAAACAUUACACGUAAUAGAACUAGUUGAACUGUAUUUUAAUUGUUGCCAAUACGGGCACGAUUCGGCUUAGUUUUUUAAAGAAGGCGACCUUCGCCAGUCCUAUAAUGCGUCAUCACAUAUACCACGGUCAUUUGUGAAUUGUCUUUUGACGCGUUUAUUCACCGCCUGCGUUUCUCGAGCCUCUGUCGGUCAUGGAAAGGCGCAUGCAUGUUUAUAAGGGACCGUUUUCCACUAGCCUGGGAACAUUCGUUCCCGCGUUGCCAAAAAAUUCGGCAACGUGAUGGUUAGCUGAGGAGGAAAGUGGGAAGGGACACACCUUUUCGCGGCAAAUCUGUUUUUUGCUUCGCGCGAACAAAUUCGCACAUUACUUACAACCAGUUUACCUGAGAGUGAUAAAUAAAACCGCAAUGAUACGUAACCUGCAUUCAUUUGUCAUAGAAUGUAAUGUCAAUAUUUAAACAUUUAUCUACCAGAUAUUUUACCAGUGAAUUCAACUCUACCUUACGAAGACGCCGUGAUGCGACAAGCUGUGUUAUUUUCUAAUAAAAAACAUUUAAAGAUUUCUGGUAUCUCAGAUAAUUUCUGGAGGCACAGCAACUGGUCAGUCAUGGCUUUACUGAAAUUCAGAAAUAUUGGUCAGAAAAAUGUUAGGGUAUUGGGUCAUGGCUCAACAUCUGUAAACAAUGGUUAG